CAGCAUUCAGCUGAGAAUUAGUGUGAGUGAAAAUGUCACUACAAAAGCUCUUGUGUUAUCAUCUCAUAUGGACACUGGCUGCAUUCCUUGUAGUAGAAAGUGCUAAUGUAUAUUACCGAUACCGACUGUCAAGAUGCAUCUACAGCUCCUCUAAUAUCAGUGACAUGGUGUAUUUUAACAGCUAUUAUUUCAAUACAUUUCUAUUCAUACAGUUUGACAGCACUCUGGGGAGAUUUGUGGGGUUUAAUGAGUUUGGAAUGAAACUUGCGGAGUCCUGGAACCGUGGUCCUUUAGUGCAUAAAGAAAGAGCUGUUGUGGACUGGUACUGCAAAGGUAAUGCUCAAGUGUUUGACUCCGCUAUCUGUGAGAAAUCAGUGAAACCGCAGGUUAAGCUCAGUUCAGUGACGCAGGCUGGUGGGAAUCAUCCAGCUGUGUUGAUGUGCAGCGCAUAUGAAUUUUAUCCUCCACACAUUAAAGUGUCCUGGCUGAGAGAUGGUAAACUGAUGACCUCUGAAGUGACCUCAACAAUGGAGAUGGCUGAUGGAGACUGGUACUACCAGAUUCACUCUGAGCUGGAAUACACUCCUAAAUCUGGAGAGAAGAUCUCCUGUGUGGUGGAGCACGCCAGCUUCCAUAAACCCAUGAUUUAUGACUGGGAUCCGUCUCUCCCAGAGUCUGAGAGGAAUAAAAUCGCUAUUGGGUCCUCUGGUCUGGUGCUGGGAAUCAUCAUAGCAGCUGCUGGACUCAUUUACUACAAGAAGAAAUCAACAGGAAGGAUCCUAGUACCUCAUUGAGGACAACAAGUGUACAACAUAAUUAAUAAAUAGUAUAAGUCAAGUCCUGAUUCUGGCUGCAAGGUCAUAUAAUGAAGCUUUUAUCCUUUAUGACACAAUUAAAAUACACAAUCUUAUUUCCACAAUCCUUUAGUUGAUGAUCCUUUAGUUUCUAAAAGAAAAAGAAAAACAACAAUGAUAUAAAUAAAGCAUAACAUCUAUAGAGAAAUAUUAAUUAUAGAGAUAAUUGUUUGUGCUGAGUUUGUCUCUAUUUGUACACAAUAAUGUAGCAAAGACUUUGUGAAACUAAAAUAUAAGUCUUUAUUGCUGUGCUGAAUACGUUUUUCUUAACUCUUCUUUCUUUGCUUUAAGAAAACUGAUUAGAAGUGAAUGUGUAAAUUUGCAUCGGUACCGCUUCCUUUUACAGUACAGUACUUACAGUGUACUUACAGUGUGCUUACCUAGAAAGUACUGGCUAAGGUAAGUACAUAGGGGUAGAUUCAGGGUUAGUACUAGUUAUUACCCAGGAAUUGUAAUUACUACAGUAAGUACAUAGUAUGAACAUGGGUAAAAGGACUGUAAAUGGAAGCGUUACCGCUGCAUUUGUCUUAGUAAACUGUUUAUUAGGAAACUGUCCCCUAUGUCGAUUAUGAGGCUGACUUUAUAAAUGUUGAGAGAUAAACAUUUUUUGACUUUGAUGAUCUAAAUGUUGAUAUCUGCCAUUUUUCUUCUUUACAAAUGGUUUUAAGCAAAUCAUUUGUUCUUUAAAAAUUAUAUUGAUUUAGAUGUGUACUAAUUAAUAAAAACAAGCUAUCAUCCAUUGA